UCCCUCUCUCUCCCGCUCACACUGAGCUUUCACCUGACGGAAAUGUGACAGGAUCGUUUCCAGGAAAGGUGCCGCCGGCUCAACAUCUGGGAUCGGUUACAUUCCCCACACGCUCGGCCUCUCUCUUUAUAGGCCUUUGUUUGGUGUUUGCUGGUGUCGGUCUGACUCCCUGUCAUAACUGGCUUCCUCUGACGACGGUUGCCUCCCCUUUCUGAGAGAGGACAGAGGACCCUCGACAGGAUGGACGACAGCGAGACUUACAUGAAUGUGAAUUUCACAAAAACGGACUCACGGUUUCCUUCCCGAGCUGAACGUGAUGUAUCGUACGCUGAAAUUAAUUUCAAGACGGUCUCUAAGCCCCGGAUCCGGACAGAUCGAGACGGUCUGAACUCCACCUACUCAGAGCUGUACUUUCGGAAAGAGGAACCCCGCAUCGAUGAGGACGAAGAUCCUCCCAUUGCCUCGGGACCCGGCGGGCUGCCAACCACUGCACAAACAGGUGCGCAUGAUCAGGAGUCGAAACUGAAGAUCGGAAAUAGACCGAUCCGUCUGAUCUGCCUACUCUGCCUGGUCACGUCCGCCCUGAUCGUGACAGUGAUCGGACUCUCGAUCCAUGUAUCACAGAUUCGUCAGUCUAAGAUCACCUCCGACCGAAACUACUAUGAGUUAAACUCAACACUUCAAUCUAAAAUAUCUGAGAUUUCACACCUGAAUCUCUCCCAGAGAACCUGUCUCAAAAAUCUUUCUACGCUCAACUCUGAUCUCUCCGUUAUUAAACGAAUGCACACUGAUCUGCGUCACGAGUUCAACGAGAUGGAAACGAAGUACAACGCUGUGAACGAAACCAAGACUCAAAUCUGUGAAUUGUUAACCAGCCGAAGAGAGCAAACGUGUCCACAGUACUGGACCGAAAAUGAAGGCCGGUGUUAUUUCAUAUCCACGUCCGUUAAAUCUUAUGAUGCAGCGAUGGAGCAUUGUUCAGAAUUUGAUGGAAAGCUCCUCGAAAUAAAUUCAUACAAGGAACAGAAUUUUGUUUCCAAUGCUGUCUCUUCAUACACAACAUACUGGAUUGGAAAAUGCGCAGACGGGACUGUGGCCUCUAAUCUUCUGUACAAGAUGUUAAGCAGACCGCCGACCUGCGGUAAGUGCAGCUCGGACACAUGGAGUUACAGUUGUGGCAGGGAACACAGAUUCAUCUGCGAGAAGUCUGCACACUUAUACCGGGAUAUUCCUGAACAGAUCAACGAUCUCUGUCAUCAGCCUGUCGGGCCGGCUUCAAUCAUGUGAUUACACCCCACGUCUUCCCAUCCAAUCUACCCCACUCUCACUGAC